UCAGUCAUAAUUUUAUGCUUCAUUUUUAUUAUUCGUUUUGCAGGUGAAUGCUGUUCUAGCCUUUAGGGUAUAUAAUAUUAUUUAUUCACUAAUUAAAUACUAGUUCUAUAAAUUUAUAUUGUUGACAAAUUGAAUAUGCCCUCUGAACGUCGCUUGUGGAAAAUAGUAUUUGAUAAUUUUUUAAAAUCUCUUCAACCUAAACUGAAAGAAAAACCAAUUGGUAUUGAUGCACAAGGUAAUAAAUACUUUGAGUUAGAAGCCGAUCCUCAAGGUGGCCGUAGAUUGCCAAGAAGAUGGUUUGUUCCAGUAGAUGAAGAAUCAGGUGUUCCAACACCUGAAUGGUCACAGUGGUUAAGAGGAAGACGUGAUGAACCACCAACUCAAGAGGAAAUUGCUCAUAACGAAGCUAUUGCAAAUAUGAAGAAAAUUAAUGCUGAGAAUAUUGCACAGAAAUUUAGACUUCCAGGCUCUACUAAUGAAACAGAAUGUCAACAAAAUAGUAAAGGGUUUCCUGAUAUGUCCGAAAAAUUUGAAAUACAACCUGGAAAUUUAAAAAGUAAAAUAAAAUAAAUUUUAGUCAACAACUCUUUGUAAAAUAUACUGCAAAAAUAACAGUUUGUUAUGUAUUACUUAUGUUUUGAUAAUACUUUUUGAAUUUAAGUAGUCAUAAUGUCUGAUAGAAAAUAAUAGUUAUUCUUGGGUACAAAUAAUGUUAUUUAUUUAUGUAAUUUCUAAUAAUUGUAGAACUUACACAGUUCUUACUAAAUUUAGAACCAAAUUGCACAUAUUGUAUUAUAUUUUAUUUCAAUGAGUUAUUAUUAUCAACUACUGUGUGAAUAUAUCUUAGGAAAGUUCUCUCAUUUAUGUUACUUUACCUUGUCACUUAUUAUUUUUAAUCAAACAAAAAUAAUUUUAACAAGCUAUUUAAUCAACUACAAAAACUUAAGCUUCUUUGCCUUUAAACAAAUUUGUUACCUUUCAAUAACAUUUGAUAAGUGAUAUUGAUAUUACUCAGAUAUGAAAAUGUAAUACAAUAUUGGGGAAGCCGAUAAAUAAAACGCGCUCUGGUGGAAACAAUUUGUACCUUACAAUUUAAGAUGUAUAGAUGUAGUUGUAUAUUGGUUAUUUUACUUUUUAUAAUAAAUUAAUUUUGUUAUCGAAA